AGGUGAUCUGGAUGAGAUAAAGGAAAACAUGAUAAAGGCUCAGAGGAAUCUGAAUGACCUGUUCAAAUGCUGGGGUCUAUGUCUUUGCCCAUGCAACAGGCUAAAGUCUAUUGAGAAUGACCAGAGAUAUGAACAGGUCUGUGGCACAGAGCAAACAGAUGAGGGUCUGGUCUCCAGCCAAGUGACUGCUGUACACAAAAAACGACGGAUUUUUGGUCAGUCAGCGCCCCCCUCUGGACCCUACAUCAAGAAAAUAACAAACGAUGCACGAGAAGAUGAGAUGGAGAAGAAUCUGGAGCAAGUGGGCAGCAUUAUUGGGAAUCUAAAGAUCAUGGCCGCAGACAUGGGCCAUGAGUUCGACAAACAGAACGAGAUCAUUGACCGCAUGUCUUCAAAGGCUGAAAUAAAUAUACAUCACAUUGAUGCUGCUACAAAGAAAGCCGAACAAUUAAUUAAGGAAUAAAAAAGAGCACCAGUAUUACUCAGGAGUGGAACAAUUAAAAUGAUUUACAAAAAUCUUUUAUUUUAAGCAAAUAAUUGUAAUGAUCAUCAAAAUAAAGCUUCAUCUUUUAAUGUCUCAUCAUUCUUUUAUACUUGAAUGGACCCUGACAGCCUUUUUAAUUAAAGGAUGUGAGACCUCAUCUUACCAGCAGAGAGCGCUGUUUGACCUCUUUAAAAACGAACCCCAAAUGGUGAUUCCUAAACUGAAGGCCUAAGGGAUUUGAGGGGUUCAUUUUUCUCCACAUGAAGUUCAUUUUUUACGCCAAUGAUUUUAAAGCAACACUUAAAAGAGUU